GCAACAAUUCCUCUCGAACAAGUGAGGUUCACUGGGAGCCCUGAAUUUGAUGCAGAAGGGUUAAUGCAUCAUAAACCUUGGGAUGAAAAAACACCUUGGCCUGAGAAUGUUCCUUACUUCGGAGAACCCAGCCCUGAAAUUGAUGAGAACUGGAAGAACUUAAUCGGAAUGCGAUACUUCUCGAUUUCAGAAGAGGAAGCAAAGAGUGUAUGGCCAGACAACUACAACGACUACAUAGACCAGCUUCAAGGAGGAUACACUGCUGGACUCGAUGUUUUUCACACGCUGCAUUGUGUAAAUGCUGUCCGAAUGGCUUUACACAAAAACUACUACAAUGGAACAUCCCACAAUAACAUUCCCCACGUCGAUCACUGCCUCGACGCAAUCCGCCAAUAUAUACAAUGCGCUGGCAUCACAACUCUCGUACCAACCAAGUUCCGCGAGGGUGCUCAACGCAACUACAUCGACUCCGAUCAAGUGCACACUUGUCGGUCCUUCACAUACUUACGUGAUUGGGCGACAAGCCGAAGGGCAGGGGGACCGGCAUAUGUGGAAAGAGAUAGAUCGAUCAUUGAUCUGAGGAAGAAUAAACUGGCUGAGAAGAAGAUGGCGGAUAUUGUGGAUCAUAUGCAUCCCCCUUCGUAA